AUGCUCACCCAGCUCUGGACACCCAAACUUGGCAACAGGGAGUAUGGGAGCCAAGGUCUGAGCAUGUGGGCCAGGGUCCUGGGCGGGGAAGGGCAACUGGAAAAAGCUCAGCAGGUCAUGGAGAUCUGGUUCAUCGCUGGACCAGCAAAGGGAGGGAAAGACCCGGAUGCCAUGGAGAUGGGCAGUCACCCUGCCGACAGCCCAGCCAGACAUCCCUCCAUCCUGACCCAGCAUCUGGAACAGAAUGCUGGUUCUGAAACAGAACAGGUUCUGAAAAGCGGACCUGCCAGACCACCAGACACUCACCUCCUGGCAUCCUGCUCAGGUAAGCCAGACCGUGGCGGGCACCUCCCAGAAGUCGCGCGCGUGUGUCCGCUGCCCGCCUACUCCGCGCUGCCCACCCGGACAGACCCCGGGGGUCGGAGCCCGCCCCCACCGCGCAGGCCGGGUUCGCCCCGCCGCGCGCCGCGAUCUCCCCGCGGCGUCGCGCGCCAGCGUCCAGGGGCUGCGCGACCCCGACCCCACGCCCGCGCCCGGCCCGCCCGCACCUGCCGCCCGCGCGCGCCGCCCGCCGGCCCCGCCGCGCACUCACCGCGCCGCCCGCUCACCGCGCGCGCCAGCCGCCGAGCCGCCGCCGGACACCGGGGCCGGACCGGGGCCUGCGCGCCCCGCGCUACACAAAGUGACGGCCCCGGAGCUGCGCGGCGGCGGCGCGUGGGCACCGGAAGUGCCGCCGCCGGGCUCCGCCCCGCCAGUGCCCACGGGGGGGCACUUCCGGUCACGCGGGGUCCAGCGCGGCCUCAAAGGGUCGUGCGUGGGGGGAGAGGACGCGCCCCUCGCUCGAGGGCGCCCUCGGCCCUGGGUCCGCGCGCUCGUGGGCACCGGGACCCCGGCCUUGGGCACCGCGGCGCCCAGUCCCCGCGCCUUCCCAGGACCCAACCCCACCUCGGGGGACCCCGCCGCCCCGCCCUGGCUCUGGAGACUCCCGCGGGGUCCCGGGCCGGACCGCGGCUCCCCAGAACCCGCGCAGCCUCCUCAUUCAACCGCGAUUCCAGGAGCUCUGCUGAGCGCCAGAGCCUGUUGGCUCCAUCCCAGGCCCCGCGAUGGUGGAGAGAGGCGGUGACCCCUAUGAGUGGCCUCGGAGAGGCUUCGUGCAGGCCCGCGUGCCCUCAGAUCCGGACGGGGCAGGGCCGAUCCCUGCCGGGCAGGGGCCCCAGGACAAGAGCAGACAGGACAUCAACAUCACAGCCUCACCGGGCUCUCAGAGGGUUCACACCUGCUUGAAGUGACAGCGUCUCCCCUCCAGACCCGCGGUGUCUGGCUAUGGAUCUGCUCAGACCACGGAGGACUCAGACCUGCCUGCAUAGGGAUUUUCAUCGCAAGGCCGGGGAAAUGUAGCUGUGUGUGGUGAUGAGGGUUAACUAAACUUACUGUGGCAAUCACUGCACAGGACACUGGACACCUAAAACGAAUACGAUGUUAUAUGUCAGUUAUAGCUCAAUAAAGUAGAGAUAAAUAUAUACAUAUAUAUACAUAUACACAUAUACACACAUACACACGCACACAUAUAUAUAGUUUCCCUGGCGGUCCAGUGGUUAGGACUUUGCCUUGCAGUGCAGAGGGUGAGGGGUUUGAUCCCUGGUCAGGAAAGUAAGAUUCCAUACGCCUGGAUCCCAAAAAGCCAGAACAUAAAAUGGAAGCAAUACUGUAACAAAUUCAAUAAAGACUUUAAACAUGGUCCACAUCAAAAGAAAAAAGUCUUUAAAAGCUAAAAAUUGAAGGUCUCAUUAAAAGAUGGAAAAAAA